AUGGAAUCAUUUCAUAUUAUAUCCUCCCUUCGCUAUGACCCCGAACUUCCCCACGUCAUCAGUGAAAAGGCCUCUCAAUCCUAUCCUGACCCCCUACGCACGCCGUAUUACCUCCUUCCGUACCAUCAAGACCGACUCCUCAGUGCAGCACGCUGUUUUAACUGGGAGAAUGCCGUGAAAUUUCUAGAGCAGGGCUUAGGAGAAUUCGUUCAAUUUCUUGAUACGUUCAUACCUGACAAGACGAAGCCAUGGCGCCUUAGGAUACUCUUCGAUAGCAACGGAGUGGGCACAGUUGAGGCUAGUCCGACAGCGUCAAUUGAGCUCGUAAAUCUUUUCAUACCUUCUGGACCAAAUGCGUCGGGAAGCCCAUGGUCUGUCUAUGUGGACUCAGAACCCACAAUACCUUCUGCAUUUACAACGCAUAAGACGACUGCACGGGAAAAUUACACCUCCGCUCGACUUCGGUCAGGAAUUGUCUCUCCACAAGAGCAGGCAGAGGUUCUCAUUGUGAAUCUAAUGGGUGAAGUUAUGGAGGGCAGUAUUACAACUCCAUACUUCAGGCGCAGGUCUCAAUAUGGAGUAGACAAUCCUGAAAGUGGAGGUGUCGAGCCGGGUUGGAUCACGCCACCCCUCUCGAGCGGUGGCAAUGCUGGCACGACAAGGCGAUACGCGUUGGCUCAGGGGUUUUACGGUCUCUAUGCAUCUGCAGUUAUGAAGUUCUUUGAGAAUGUAUUCACUUACGAUUACUCCUUCCCUGCUGUCUCCUUAGCCUACUUUCUUCGGUAUCCGAACCCAUACUCUCGCCAUGUACUUACCACCGAUGUCAUUGAUCGCCACGUCGAUCCGGAAACCCAACGCCUUCAUACAACGCGGCUGCAUCUUAAAAAAUCGAAAAUCCCAUCUGGUAUACUCAAAUUGCUCCCGAAGGGCAUGGGAGGAUCGGAUCAUUCUGGACAGAGCUACAUCCUAGAGAACACUGUAGUUGACAUCAAGGAAGGCUGGAUGGAGACGGAGUCACGGAACAUGGAAUGGACUGGAAUACUGAGCGUCGUUGAGAAGCAAGUAUAUCAUCGCCAGCCUAUUGAAGGGGCACUUGAAAGUUUCGAGGGACUUUCUCUUGAUGACAAGAUACGGGAACAGACGACGGUGAAGACGACGGUGAUAUUUCGGUCCCGAUUCGGGCAAGGGAAACUCCUAGGAAACCGAAAAAGGGAGCAGUCAAUUGGCGAUCAAGUUGUAGAGGUUGACGAGGAAGCCCCAAAGAGGGGCUUCUUUUCCUCGCUAUCAACUGCUGGCAUUCAACGAACAAUUGAGCUGAUCGGCGUAAACCGGACCCGAGACGCUGUGCUCAGAAGCAAGCAGGGCAUGAAUGUUGUCCUAGAACGCUUGCGCCGCGGUGGAAUUGUUGCUGUCCUUGAGGGAAUGCGCCAGGAUCGUGAGGCAGCCUUUGGAGGAGAGGGUCCUUGGAAGCGCGUUUGGCUUCGAGGACAUGGCCUUAAGGACCAUGCACAUAUGGAUGACGAUGAUAAUUAG